AGCCAACAAUUCCGUUACGCCCCACACCUGUCUGGCCGAUCAUCCCCGGGCCGUUCUGUUGGAUACGGUGGAAGGCGGAGCUUGUACGGCUGAGAUCACUCCUACGACGUUCCCACGAUAGGCCAUGGUGGGCGCGACGGCGCAGCAGAAGCUGCUGCAGCUGCAGACCGAGGUGGACACUGACGAGGACUGGGCCGGCGGCGUGCUGACCAAGCCCGGCCUCAGCGUCGUGGACGUGUGGCCGGACUGGGCGGGGCCCUGCGUGGCCAUGCGCAGCAAGCUCAUCAGGUUCAAGCUGACGGAGGGCGGUGACAACGUGCACCUGUUCUCCGCCAACGCGUCCGCCAUCGAGGCGCUGUCCCGCUUCCGGGAGCACUCGGAGCCGACGUGGCUGCUGUUCGGCAGCGGACACCUGGUGUGCGUGUACAUCGGCUGCGACUGUCCGCACCUGCUCAGGCUGGUGAGACGCCCCACCGGUAGCCGAUCCGGUGAGUUAGGCAGGCACUCGCGACCCCGGCCGCAGGUGGAGCGCGAGAUGCUCAAGGAGCAGCGGGUGCUGCGCGGCGAGGCGCGGCGCAGGGUGCUGUCCGUGGACAAGACGACGCCGGCCGAGAAGCAGCGCCAGGACGCGCAGCGCGCCCGGGACAACCUGGCGCGCCAGGAGGAGAAGGACCGCACGGACGCGGCCUGGAGGGACAUCCGCAUGCGGCAGUACCGGCGGCUGGCGGACGCGCUGCCCAACCACACCGUGGUGCUGUUCCUGCCGCACGCCCUGGAGCAGGGCGGGCUGCCCCCAGGGCUGCCCGAGGUGGCGCUUCCGCUCCUAGACGCGUGGCGCGCCAUGGGCGUGCACGUGCUGCAGUCGCGCCGCGUGGCCGUGAGCGCCGAGAUGGCGGACGAGCUGUUCUGGGAGCGGCGCCUGCCGCAGCACGCCGCGCUCGUCGAGAGCCUGCAGGCCUCGCCGCCGCUGCAGACCUCGCCCCUGCUCUCGGCCAUGUCCACGGCCUCGGCCGGCCAGUACCGCCGCAGCACGGCCAGCUGGGUGCGGCAGAGCACGCUCAACCUCGGGCCCGACCCGGGCGACGCCGACCCCGAGGAGUGGGACGACCACGACGAGUACGAGGGCAGCCCGUCUAACGGCAGCCAGUCCUGGCCCAAGGAGCUGCGGCCCGUGGUGGACAGCGUGGCGGCCGCGCUGCUGCGCCGCGUGUCAAGCCUCAGGACGAGCUUCGUGCUGCCCGGGGUGUGGACGCCGCUCACGUCGCUGAGCAAGGCGGCCGCCCUGCGGGUCCUGUUCGGCGGCCUCGCCAUGCAGCACUACGAGCCGGAGGAGCUGCCGCCCGAGCCGUCCCCGGUCGCCGUCAUCGCCUUCCGGGCGAGCAAGCGCGGCCCCAUCCUGGAGGCGGCCGCCAACUUCCUGCGCGACGUCGUGUACCUGGGCUUCUUCACGGAGGACAGGAAGCUGCUGGCCGAGGCGCCGGCCGAGUACGACGUCCUGGCGUACAAGGAGCCCCGGGACCGCCUGGUGCUCGGGCUGUCGCAGCGGAGCGAGGAGCCGCUGCUGGAGCUGGCCACCUUCGGCCCGCUGUACCUCAGCCCCACCCCCAGGCUGGCCGCCAAGGACGUCGAGGAGUUCUUCACGGGCAACGUGCAGCGCGCGCCGCCCCGGCUCGAGGGCCACGGCGAGGUGGACGCGGAGGGCGAGACCGAGGGCCUCUUCAUGUACUCCAGGAUCCAGCAGGCCGCCCGCCAGCAGGCCGCCGCCAGGCCCCCGGAGCCGCCCCAGCGGGCGGGUGCUUCCCCUGGCCAGGCGGUCCCACCACCGCCUCCGAUGCGGCCCCCAGGACCUCCACCGACACAAGCCGCGCCUGCUCCUCCGGAGCCGAGGCCGUCGGGGACGAGGCUGUCGGCGCACGACGGCGGCGGCCUCGGCCCCAGGCGCCCGUCGGCGGGAGGCUCCAGGGAAGGCCAGCUGCCCACUGUGCUGGAGGACCCCGUGGGCGAGCCGCACGUCGUGGAGCUGAAGCCGGCGUCGUCCGCCACCUCGACGAUCAGGAGGAACAGGUCGCUGCACAGCAUCGCGUCCAAGUCCGUGCACAGCUUGGGGGUCAAGUCCGUGCACAGCCUGGGGACCAAGUCCGUGCACAGCCUGGGGGCCAAGUCCGUGCACAGCCUGCGGGCCAAGUCCGUGCACAGCCUGGGGGCCAAGUCCGUGCACAGCCUGGCGAGCCUCGCGUCCAGAGCGUCCAGGAUCUCCGUGGUGCGGCUACCCUCGGGUUCGACCCAAGGAAUCCAAACAACGGUCUCCAGGACGGUCCUGGCCGCGGAGAGAGCGGUGCUCCCUCCGGAGGCGAGGGAGGAGGGGGACUCGGACCAUUUCGAGUCCGCGGUGGGCUCCAACCGGGAGCAGGCCUCGGACACGACCCUGGUGCCGGCCGUGGCCGAGGAUACGUGAAUCGUCGUGUAGUGCUCAAACUAUGUCAUUUUACAUAUGUCAGUAUGUACUUGUGGAAGUUUGGGUUGUGCCUUUUAGUGAUGGCAGGAACGUAGUUGUAAUUGUGUGCAUUUCUUUUAAUGUAUUCAUAAAUACGAGAAAAAAAUAUGUAAUUACUUACGCACCAUGCAAUGCAGUGUGCGAUCACAGAUGAAUGUGCAGCGCAGAAAUAGAUUUACUAACGUUUUAUAAUGCCAAUAGUUUCGAUAACCUAGGAGCUGCGCUGAUGUGUUAGUAUUUAACGAUUAAAGCGGAGAAUACAUUUUCCAACAAACUUAAGUUCCCCAUUUUUAAAUUCCCGCCUCAGCAUCAGUUUCGCACAAUAAGCAGACUACUGCGGUAGAAAUACCAAAUAUUUAUCGUAAUUUUUUCAAAAUAAUAGACUGGUGCUUGGACUAGAAAAUGACUGAAAGUGGCAAUUGAGUGCAGUGAGGUCCUUGACUGAGUUAGUUACGUGGCUCUGAUAUGU